UUGACAGUUGCUAGUUUUUGGUUGUGGUCGAUUUCGACGAUUCGAUUCCAAAGUUUCCGAACGAUAACAACAGUUGUCAAAUUGAUAAAAUUGAUUACAAUUUUAAAGUUAAUUUAAUAAAUACAAAUGUUGAAAAUAAAAAUCCCUAGUGAAAUCCCCUGAAACAAUGGCUUCUCGGACCGCAAUGUUAAAUAGGCGUAAACAUUCUGCGUACGCUUUAUAGUUUUUUUCAUAAAUUGUGAAGUGCUGUGCAAAGUGCAGUGAAAUAGCUCAAUGUUUACUAUUUAUCUACCCAGAAAGGAAGAGCUGAAAUGAGUCAGCAUAAGUUUUGGAGGGGACUAACACCAUUAAUCAUCUCAUCGUCACAACAAGUACCUGAUAAAAUAAUAAAAUUAUGUACUCUAGGGACAGAAUUCGUCGUUCUAGCAAAUGACCAUGGUCUGUACCUAUGCAGCUCUGAAGAAGACUACUUGAGCUUUAAAAAAGUCGCCGGUAUAUCAGCAAUAGACAUAUCAUACCACAAUGACAUUCUUUACAUUAUUGAUGUGCAUGGGCGGUUAUACAAAACAGAUUCCAACUUUGAAAACAAGGAAGAAAUAGUUGUAAGAGAAGAUGCCAAGUGCUGCCCCCAUGGAUUCAAAAGCUCUAGCUUUAAGGUUAAAUUUAGGAAUGUGGUCACCAGUGACUUUGGCCAGCUGUUCAUCAGCAGUGAGGGGCAGCUCUGGGGGUCAGGAAUCAUGCCCCAAAUCUCUUUAGACUCUUCUAAUAUCAAAAAGGUGCCAUUUUUCGAAGGGAGAACUGUAUACAGUGCAUCUAUUGGGGAGAACUUUGCAGCUGUAAUAGCCAGGAAGAAUGUCCGCAGGUCUGACAACUGUGACACAGACAGUGACAAUGAUGAUGAAGAGGUGUUUGCAUCCAACUGUUCUCAGUGUCAAACUAUCAUUGGCUUAGCUUCCCCGGCGUCUGUGCCAUCCCUCACUGAGACCUGUCCUCUAGGAGUCCAGCUCAGCAAGUCCAGUGAAGACUCCAGCAGCACCACCGCCCCACAGACUGAUGUACACAUAGAUACUCACAGUUUCACAGAAGAUUCUAGUCCCUCUUCAGAAGAGUCCAAAAUUGCAAGAAUAAAUGCUGAAAAAAGCAGUAACAAUAUGAAAUCUGAAGGUGAAAGCAAGUCACUAGAUACAAUAGUAGCCAAUGAUGAUGAUAAUCAAGAUAGUUCUAGUGAAAUUAUUGAAGAAAACACAGAGAAAAUAAAUAAUAUUUUUAUAAACACAGAUGCUGCUAGACAGUUUUUAAGCAGACAGCUGUCCUGGGUCUCCGCUGCUGGUGAGGAUUACUUGGUGGAGUACACAGAGAAACCAACCAGGAUAAUAAAAGAAAAUGUAUCCAAUCUUACCAACUUUGUGUAUGAAGGCGUCAAAACUGUUGGUGAUAAAGUAGCCACACUUUCUAGACAUGUCAGUGGCAGCAGUGAUAACAAUGAGAUAGUGGAAUUUCAAUCAAGACUACAAAAUGAUGACAUGUCCUCUCUUAUGUACAGCUGUGCAUCAACUUGCCAUUUGGAUGACCUGCAUUUCUCCACUAGUACAGUGAGUAGUGAAAAAGACUUUGAGGUUGCUCACAAAAAUGAAAACAUAAAAAACAUGUCAAAACUUGGCAAAAACAUCCUAGCUACAGAGCUGUGGACGUGGGGCGAUAUAUCUCAUGGACAACUGGGUAUAGGAGACACCAUCAAAAGAAUCAAACCUGUAGUUGUGAUGUCCCUCUGUGGUUUUGGUCUUCAGAAGGUUUCCUGUGGAAAGUGGCAUUGCUCAGCACUGACAUUGGAUGGGCGACUGUUCAUGUGGGGAUACAACCACUACAAACAAGUAAGUCUAGAUUCUAGAGAUGACAAAAGUGGACCUAAACAAUUCACAGAAAACUCAGACAGUGACAGAGUGAGGGACAUGAUAGCUACAGACCAUCAUACCCUGGCGUACACUCACAACGAAAACAUAUUCUACAUGGGAAAACACACAGAAGGAUUCACAGAAACAGCUGUUAACUUAAAUAAGAAAGUAGAUGAAGAGGAACCAAAAGAAAAUGCCAACGAAAUAGCACUCGUUAAAAUACAUGAUCACUUCAACAACUUGGUAAAAAGUAAAUCGAAAAAUAUGUGCUAUCAUUGGAGAGUCCUAUCCUCUGGAAAUUUUAGCUACUGUUCUGUUGAAGAGUCACACAGGAGCCCGGAGUUCCAAGACCUUUCUAUUGCUCAAAGAUAUUUAGAAGAGAUGAUUUUAAUAUACCACUCACUGCUAAAGCCUUUCCUUAAGAAAAGCAAAGCAAUAUCAGCACACUCCAACAUAUACGAAACUGUUUGUGAUAUUUUCGGAGAUAUUUUGAACUUGACUGCUCUAAAUGUGCUAUCAAUGUGGCAAUACGCAGAAAAACACAUAAGCGAAUGUGAUAUUUCGUUGAUAAAAAGUUUUGAAGAGCAUAUUUAUUUGUACAGAAAGUAUUACGUAGCUGUAAGCAAUCUAAUUGUUAUCGGUGGUUUCGCUCAUAUCAACAGCAUCGUAGAUGUUCUUACAAGCGUGUACAACCUGUUCAGUGACCAGCUGCCCUCAAACAAACAAAAGAACAACAAGAAAACGCUUGAAGCCGUAGUAGCUCUAGCAUUUGUCCAGCCCCUAACGAGAUUAAGUUCUUACAAAUGCAUCGCACAAUCGUUAUUGCGACAUAAAACUAAAAGAAAACACGAUAAUAAAGCGCAUGUAGACGACAAAAUAAACAGAGUAAUAACCGCAUUAGAUACUCUUAUAGACGAGCAGGAAAAAAAACGGAAGGAAGCGGAAAUUACGAAACUAUUUUGGGAGAGUUGCGGGAAAUCUCUCGAGCAAUACCGAACACCGGACCGACGCUUGAUCAGAGAAUCUAAAUCUCGACCAAUGAAUUUAGUUAACCCUGGGCGAUUCUCGUCGCAUUGGUUCAUUUUGUUCAACGACUUAUUCAUCCAUGUCGUCGGCAGUACGCCCAACGUCCAUCACUUGGAAACUUUGUGGGUAGAGCCAGUUACGAAUACAGACUCGUUACAAAACAUCAUACAGCUGACGACACCAGAGGAGGUGAUAUCUGUGUCUACUCCAUCGGAGCAGGAGAAGUCAGAAUGGGUGCAGGCCCUAAACACUUCCAUCAAGACAGUCUUAAACAAGGAAUCGAACUACAAGCCACCUUCAAUCCGUACAGCCAGUUAUACGUUUUCGACUAAAAGCCAGUUUUACAAAGAAGCCACUUUCAAUGGCCGAUGGCUCGACGGCAAAGUCCACGGGACUGGCAAAGUGGAAUGGCCUGAGGGGAAAUUUUACGUCGGUCAGUUUCAGAUGAAUGCCCUCUCCGGACAUGGCAAAAUGGAGAUCCCUGGCGUAGGCAUCUACGAAGGUCAAUGGAAGGACAACCUCCAAAACGGCUAUGGCGUGAUGAAGUACACGAAUGCGGACAUCUACGAAGGUUAUUUCAAGGACGGCUCGCCUCACGGACACGGCAUCAAGAAGCAGGGAGACUUCACAUCCUCGUCGGCCACUAUAUACACUGGGGAGUGGGUCAAUGGCGUCAAACAGGGGUAUGGUGUUAUGGAUGAUAUCGGAAAAGGCGAAAAAUACCUGGGCAGUUGGAGUGAUAACAAAAAAAAUGGUUGCGGUCUGAUAGUAACGCUAGACGGAAUUUACUAUGAAGGACUUUUCAUGCAAGAUGUUCUAACGGGCCAUGGAGUCAUGGUGUUUGAAGAUGGCACCCAUUACGAAGGGGAAUUCAGAUCAGCUGGUGUGUUCAGCGGCAAGGGAACAUUAACCUUCUCCAGUGGCGAUAAGAUUGAGGGCUGCCUGAGUGGCGCUUGGACCGAAGGCGUCAAGAUCUCCAAUGCAACGAUGCAGUUGAAUGUUUCUAACCCAGUUCUUCCGGCAAAUUCUAAGCCAAACUCUUUUGGAAAACUCUGUGUCGCACCAAAUCAAAAAUGGAACGCUCUCUUCCGCCAAUGCUAUCAAUGUCUCGGGGUACCGGAAACGCUUCUGACGCCGACCGGAAGUCACUUAAGCAACGGAACCACAAACAAUCAGACCAUAGACAAUAAAAGGAUCUGGCAGAAUGUCGCCGUAGCUAUAUCCUGCUCGCAUAAAGAAAAACACAACGUGAAGAAAAGUGCGAAACUGCAAAAAGACUUGGAAAAAUCUGUUGACUGCCUCGAAGUCAUACCUCAAUUCGGACAAGAUGCUUUAAAAUUGGACGAUUAUAUGGAGCUAAAACAAUAUUUGCACAAUGCCUGCGAGUCAACACACCACCCUCUAGGCCAGUUAGUCCUAGGCCUAACUAACGCCUUCAAUACGACCUACGGAGGCGUCAGAGUGCAUCCAUUACUGUUGAGCCACGCUGUCAAAGAGCUGAAAAGCAUCACUUCAAGGAUCUAUCAAGUUGUGAGACUGUUGUUCCCGGCGCUACCGCCAGAUGGCACUGAUAUAGUGUUGCCGUAUAAGACGAGGGAGGAAGACGAUGUUGGGGAGAGUAAUGCUAUUGAUGGCGAAGUGGUAUCAGCAGCGUCCCUCCUCCAGCCCACACUCCUCCCUCGCGUGCACCCGGCUCUGUUCGUUCUAUACGCACUACACAACAAGAGAGAAGAUGAUCUCUACUGGCGGAGACUGAUGAAGUGGAACAAGCAGCCCGACAUCGCGCUCAUGGCCUUCCUGGGGAUCGACCAAAAAUUCUGGGUAACCUCAUACCCGCACCUAGAACCGAAGUCUCCGCUCAAGGACCAGUUGUUCGAAGAAGCCGUGGAGACGCUGCAGCAGCUCAAGACCACGUUCUCCCCGAUUGAGAAGCUGCUGGUCAUCCGCAGCACCUUCCAGAAGAUGACCACGGCUGUGCAGCAGGAAUUGGGCAAAGACUACCUCUGGAGCAUGGACGAGCUGUUCCCCGUGUUCCACUUCGUGGUGGUGCGCGCCAGGAUCCUGCAGCUCGGCUCCGAGAUACACUUCGUGGAGGACUUCCUGGAGAGGGCCAUGCAGCAUGGGGAGCUGGGGCUCAUGUUCACUACGCUGAAGGCAUGCUACUUUCAAAUACUCCAGGAGAAGUUAUCAAUCGGCUAGUCUGGUGGCUGGAGUAGAAUCACGUUCCUUUGAUCUCGCAGAACCGUUGGUGCAUUUCUAGUGACGUAGUAGUUCCACCUUGUACUGUGUAAAUGGAAAAAUAUAAACAUACAGAAUCUAACCGCUCAAAUUCAAAAUAAUCUUAAUUUUAAAAUAGAGCUGGUAAGAUUCUGUAAUUUGGAAAGCUUUUAAAAUUCAACUGAGGUAUAUUUCUUUGAAUAGCAUUUGUUUAUGUCUAAUUGUCUACAGCUCAGCAGUUCUUCUAGUUUCUGAAGGGUCUAGCUAUUAGGAUGCUCUUCAAUGAAUAUUUUUGCUCAUAGCUUGACACAUAGAUGGCGCGUUAACAGCAUUUAAAUCGCAAUAGGG